UAGAGCUCACUAUUUCAAGUCGUGUGGGUCCGGUUAUCUCCUCGCUCCACAACAAAAAUGUUUGGUGGUCACAUCAUUUUUAGAAUUCUUUUAGUGGGUUCCCUCUGCCUGUCUCUAGUCUCUACUGACACUUGUUCUUCUGGAGGGAUGCCAGGUUAUCCAGGUAUCCCUGGAUUUCCUGGACGUGAUGGAAGGGAAGGGAUGAAGGGAGAGAACGGAGAGCCUGGGAUGCCUCUUAAACCUGAUGAAAUCAAGAAAAGGGGGGGAAAAGGAGAGCCUGGAACCAAAGGAAUUCAUGGAAAGAGAGGUCUCCAGGGAGAUUUCGGCAUAAUGGGACCACCCGGCCCCACAGGACAGUCAGGGGACACAGGCAAUUUGGACACUUCCAGAUCUCAUCUGCAGUCUGCAUUCAGUGCUGCCCGUGCCACUAGAGCCCAUCCUGAGCCAAACUCUCUGAUACGCUUCAGUACUAUUAUCACCAAUAUCAAUGGCGAUUUCAAUAUUGCAGAGAGCAAAUUUGUAUGUAAAAUUCCUGGCACUUAUUAUUUUGUGUUUCAUGCAUCGUCCUAUGAAAAACAUCUCUGUGUAAACCUAAUUCAUGAUGAUAAGAAGUUAGCUGUUUUCUGUGAUCACAUGCAAAAGAGCAACCAGCAGGUGAGCUCUGGAGGGCUAGCAGUUUAUCUGAAAGAGAAUGAGAAAGUCUGGCUGAUGACAGGUGGCUAUAAUGGCCUGUUUGCAGAAGGGGAGAAAGCAGACAGUGUUUUCUCAGGUUUCCUGAUUCAUGCACACUGAUUGAUUGCACUGUUUUGAACUAUAAAGUUGAGCGAAGUUGAUGCUUGUUAAACAUACUGUAUCUUUUACUCAUGGAAAAUGCACACAAUUACGUUUUGAAAAGCUACUGAUCAAAUAAAAUA